CGUUGGUAUGCAAGGCAAGGCUGCCCCGCGCAUAAAAAAGAACGCGACAAGAUUGCCUUGAGAAAAUCGCAUUGAUUCCCUGACAUUGACUGCUCAGAAUCUCGCUUGCCGCAGAAGAGCUCUCAUAAAACACCAAUUAUUCAGUUGCUCUGACCCAAAUCUUUGCGCGAUGGACAAAAACCUAAACACGCUGCUGAAAUGGGGCAUCGAAAACUCGACCAACCCAGACGGCACCGCUGACGACGCGGCGCCGCGGCAGCAGCAGCCGAUGGACCCCGAGAUCCUCAAGGCGCUCUUCGGCGGGCCGUCCGAGGCCGAGCUGAUGAAGGCGGCUAUGGAGGUCAUCACGAGCACCGACCCGGAGGUGACGCUCGAGUCCAAGCUGGUGGCGUUUGACAACUUCGAGCAGCUGAUCGAGUCGCUUGACAACGCCAACAACCUGUCCAACCUCUCGCUCUGGACGCCGCUGCUGGGCCUGCUCGAGUCGGACCACGCCGACCUGCGCCGCAUGGCCGCCUGGUGCGUCGGCACCGCCGUCCAGAAUAACGAGCCCAGCCAGGAGCGCCUGCUCGCGCUCGGUGGCCUGCCCCGCCUGCUGGCCAUGACGACGAGCGGGGAAGAGGACGUAAACGUGCGCCGCAAGGCCGUCUUCGCCCUCAGCUCGGCCUGCAGGAACUACCAGCCCGCCAUGGACGCGCUCGUCGCCGAGGCCGCCAAGCAGGGCGGCGGCAACGCGGACAAGGUCGACGCGGCAAACAUGGACGCCGUCGACGCCGUCAUGAACGGUUUGAGGGCGGCGAUCCCCAAACCCCCCGCAGCGGUCUAGGCCUUGCGGCGAAGAGGGAAACAAAGAAACAAAAAAAAACCAAAAAAAAACCGAUACGAUAGCAUUUAAUCGGCGUUUGGGAUUCGGGGAUAGGAUGCUACAAAAUUGGCGUUAUGUUGGCAGAUGCAUUUCGUUAUUAAGUGGGGGGAUAAGGGUAGUGGAUAUCAAAAUUCCAGGGGGAAGCUUUCACAUCAGGCUCUAAAAUUCGAGCAAAAGUGAACACAAGGGCGGUUUGUGACAUUGCAGACGUUUUACGGUUUUUUAUUCUGUUUAUACAGACGGAUAGUGAGGUGUCUAUUUACAAUAUAGACCCGCCACUGCCCAUGCUAUUUCCCAAGGAUCAGUAGGCCAGUUCCCCAUAAAAUGGCAUCCCCAAAGACUGCAUGAGCAACCUAGCGUGACGGUUGGACUUGGCUGUUGUCUUGAUGGCAAUGCGGCAUCCAGGGGUCAUCUUGGGAGGGUACAUCUGUGGAGAAGGAACGAGUUAGUCCAACGUUGCUCAUACCAAAAAAAUAACCAUUAUGUGGUAAAUGCAACGAGGAAAGGCCAAAACGUACAGAUAUGUUGGAGUCCAUCUCGGGAAAGUGCACCAUGUCCUGAGGUCUCAGGCCGAAGGAAAUGUUGCCCUGGCUGUCACCAGUGCUGCCAGGGAUCCCUUGCCACUCCUUGAUGCGGGGGAAGACUAUGUG